CAUUUUUCAGCGAAGAAAUGCCCUGCCCAUGGAUUGACCCCUGAAAAUUUUCGAUUAAAUUGACUGGCGUGGAGCUGUUGACACCUUGACGGUGUUAGCUUAUAGCUUGCUGCCCGGCCGCUAUCCUUCGUCCAGGCCCUCCAGUUCCUCCUGUCCUGAUCUCGUCUCGCCAAUCCUGACUGCAACCGUCGGUUCUGUCCGCCACCCCAUUUCUGUCUUGAUUUACAUCGCCUCUCCUCUCCAGUCUUUCUUUUCUCUUCCGGAAACUCAUCCGGCUAUAAGCAUGAUGGCUACUCGGGUUCCUCCUCGUGAGGAAGACCGUGUCCUUCAAAAUGCAGACCAAGACAAGGACGUCCUGGUGAAUGCGGAGAAGAUGUCGCCCUCCGACGCCGGCGCCUCGUCUCGAGACGGUUCGGAGAAGCCCGACGCCAUCGAGUCUCACUCCCAGACAUCAGGAGAACAACCUUCGGCUGAGACGCCCGGGGAUGGAUCCUUGGAGAAAGCUGGCCCCGGCGCACCGCUGGAUCGGGUGCCGACGCAGGCGCAAAAGCUGGGGAAGAAGAAGAUCGUCGUUGUCAUGACUGCGCUUUGUCUUGUUUUGUUCCUGGCAGCUCUGGAUAUGACAAUUGUCUCGACAGCCCUACCAACAAUCGCAACGCAUUUCCACGCCUCGGAGAGUGGUUACUCAUGGAUAGCUUCGUCGUACUUGUUGGCCAAUGCGGCCUGUGUCCCCUUAUGGGGUAAGAUCAGUGAUGUUUGGGGCCGGAAGCGCAUCAUUCUCAUCGCCAACUUCCUGUUCCUCGUGGGCAGUCUGAUUUGCGCACUUGCUGUCAACCUCCCCAUGAUCAUCUCGGGCAGAGCCAUUCAAGGCGCUGGUGGCGGUGGUAUCAUUGUGCUUGCUAACAUCUGCGUCUCCGACCUCUUCAGUGUCAGAGAUCGUCCCAUGUACUACGGUCUAUUCGGCUCCACGUGGGCCAUCGCAGGAGCUCUCGGCCCCAUCGUCGGCGGUGCAUUCACCACCGACGUGACCUGGCGCUGGUGUUUCUACCUCAACCUCCCCAUCGGCGGCGUCUCCUUCGUCAUCCUGGUCUUCUUCCUCAAGAUCGAAACCGGCAAGGUCCCCUUCUGGGCGGGCAUCCGCUCCAUCGACUGGACCGGCAACAUGCUCAUGCUCGGCGGCACUCUGAUGUUCCUCUUCGGCCUGGAAUUCGGCGGCGUCAACUACCCCUGGGACUCCGCCACCGUGAUCUGCCUAAUCGUCUUCGGCGUCGUGACCUGGGCCCUCGCCUUCUUCAACGAAUGGAAACUAGCCCGCUACCCCGUAAUCCCAAUCCGCCUCUUCAACAACACCCACAACAUCCUCAUGCUCCUGAUCUGCUUCUGCCACAGCAUGGUCUUCAUCUCGGGCUCCUACUACCUCCCGCUCUACUUCCAAACAGUCCUCCUCGCCAGCCCCAUCAUGAGCGGCGUCUACGUCCUCCCAACCGUCCUCAGCCUCUCCAUCUUCUCCGCCCUCACGGGGAUCAUCAUCAAAAAGACCGGCCGAUACCGCGAACUCAUCAUCGGCGGCCUGAUCCUCAUGACCCUGGGCUACGGCCUCCUCAUCGACCUGAAAUACUACGCCUCCUGGCCCCGCAUCAUCAUCUACCAAAUCAUCGGCGGCAUCGGCACCGGCCCCCUCUUCCAAUCCCCUCUCGUCGCCCUCCAAGCCAACAUCCACCCCUCCGACAUGGCCGCCGGCACCGCCACCUUCGGCUUCCUCCGCCAAGUCUCCGCCGCCAUCUCCAUCGUCCUCGGCACCGUCAUCUACCAAAACGUCUUCCACCAACAAAUGCCCCGCGUCACCGCCGCCAUCGGCGAAUCCAAGGCAAACACUCUCGACAGCUCCUUCUCCGGCUCCGCAACCUCCCUCAUCAAAGCCCUGCCCUCGGCAGAGAAAACCGUCGUCCUGAAAGCAUACACUCUCGCCUUAAGCCGCAUGUGGAUCUUCUACUGCGCUAUGGCGGGGGUAGGUCUCAUCGUGAGUCUGUUUAUUCGCCCCGUGGUGUUGAGUAAAUCACAUGCGAUUGCCAAGACGGGGUUCGCGGAGCAGGAGAAAGCCAGACAGGCUGUUUUGGAGGAUCAGAAGAGGAAAAGGCAGGAAGAAGAGGCAGAGGGAGGAAGAGGUAUCACUAGUAGUAAAGAGGAGGUAUGAUUGAUUUGAGGAGGUUCAUCAUACAUAUGUCUACUAUAUAUCAAUCAUAUCUAUCCCUCUCCUUCCCUCCUUCCUUCUCUCCACACAAACAAACACACACUCAAAGUCGAAGUCACACCUACAUCGAGAGAAAAAGGCAAGAACAGCAAGAGAAAGAGAGAGGUGGGUGGGGGGUGCGGAGAGAGAGAGUCAACCCCCCCCCUCCUGGCCCAGAAGGCGAGAGAGAGAGAGAGAAAGAGAGAGGGAGAGUCAUACAAAAAGUACUUCAAUCAUAUUACCAUUACCAUUAC